GCGUUACACGAAGAUGCUGCCAAGGCGCCAGCUACCUACGCACAGAAGGACGGAGGAGGUUGAGAUCCUCCAGUUUUCCUUUGCAGAAAGCAAGGCUAUCAUGUGUACUAACCGGGUUGUGUAUACCAUACCAAAGGAAUCGACGGUUCUCAAUGCAUAGUAUCCCUUGCGAGUGAAAUAACGUGGAGCUCUGUACGACUCCAUUCCUUUGAUACAAUGCAGUUUAAUCAGUACUCCAUCAAUGGCACCGAUGCAUCUAUCAAAAAUGCCACGAGAAGAUUUCAUCUUGAAGCCUGUGGCGAUGCUUUGCAAAGCAUUUGUGUCCUUCAAAUCAGGAUAUCUGAUGCGCAAGGGACGGUCACAAUUCGAGAUGGCCACAAGUACUUCAUUCUUGCGCACAAUCAGAGACUCAAUGGAAGUGAUGAAUAUUUAAAUAUGAGCCACCUGCCAGCCCAUCUGAUUAUCAUGGACAGUUUCAACUCCGCCGUGAUACACCCAUGUGGACUGCCCCUCCUUCCAUGUUCCUCUUUGCCAGUAAUAUCAUUACGAAUGAGAGACAAAAGAUGUUAGAAUGCAGUGCGAGACAUUCGAUAGAAUAUACGAAAUUGAUAGUCACUCAAAGUUCUUUGAAACUCGUACCAAUCAAGCCUCUUCCUGCUCAUAUUCCUCUUCGUCCAGUUGCCGAUCCUGUUCCCUUUCCGAAGAUGUCUCUUCUUCUGCGGUGGACCUAAGAUCUCAGUGUCGUCACUGGACGAUUCGGAAAUGCUUUCUUCUCCAUCACUGCAGCGACAUGCCCGUCCCGCCUUCCAUGGCAGGGAGGGGCGACGAAAUUCGGAAAUUGCAAACGCAUCGUUUGAAAUUCAAAUAUAAUGAACUUUUAGUUGGAUUUCAAUUUGCUUUUUCGACCUCGAGCGCGAGUUGACUUAAAAUUAGUACCAGAAUGAAAUUGAAUUUGGUCUG